AUGGAAAGGCGGAACGAGUCUCCUCAUUUGAGAUGGCCAGAGCAGCACCCGGCUCUGAUCAAUACUCACUCAUCACUACCAGUCGAGCUGCCCCAUCCGUACACAAGCGUCUAUCAUAGCAACCAUCCAACUGGCCAUGGCGGGUCCCAGCGUCACUUCUCCAGCAGACAGCCGUCGCCUGCGGCACCGCCUCUCUGGGAUGCUGGUCAGUUUCCACUCAGACCACCUCUGGAGAGAUGGCCCGGUGAGCGUCCCAACCAGAUGCUCGGGACCAACAGGGGGCUCGAUCCACGGGAGAUGGCCCAGAUGGCCCUGGCCCCGGCUGCGCGCUCAGACACAUCAGUCGGCACUGAGGGCAGUCGCGCGGCGGAGACGCUGCCCGUCGCAUUAGCCGACGAGGUGGACACCGCGCCGCGAACGCGGGAGAAGAGCACGGCCAGGAAGAUCCAGCGGAGGACAAAGACUGGAUGUCUCACUUGUCGAAAGAGGAGAGUCAAAUGCGACGAGCAGCGACCUGCCUGUAACAACUGCACCAAGGCCAAGCGGGAGUGCCUGGGCUACGAGGUACUGUUCCGAGAACACAACGGCGUCAACCCUCUCGCCAGGGCCGCCUCUGCCACAUCCAGCAACCCACCCUCACCGAACCAUCUUGCAUCCUCUCAAUCGCCCAGUGUCGCCUCAUUGACCUCGCCAUUGCCGGCACCAGUGGCGUUGGCCGACUACCCCACGGGCACCCAGCAGGCUGUUCUGGAAUCUGUGUGCGUGAUGCCCGACUCACCCGCCAAUGUAUACGAUGAUGCAUGGUACCAGGAUAUCGUCGCGGUGUACCACGAGAUAUACGCCAGCGCGUUGCAUGCUUUUUUCGAGUCGAAGUGGUACUACUUUAUGGAAAAGGGGAAAAUGGCCUUUCCUCGCCAGCCCUCGCUACUGCAGCUCAUGGCCUCCUUCCUGACAGCGGCAGCGCAGCCCGAUGCCGGCAGCCAGGAGAAGAUGGCAUACAUGGCCUGUCUGGAGAUGAAAGUCGUCUGGGAGCUGGCAAAGACAGCAGCUACGGCGGCGCCCCCCAAUGCCGACAAUCGUCGAGCGACCAUUCUGCCGAGCGAAGCGAAUCCAGUCGAGGCGCAACACCGGUUCCACGUCGUUGAUGCUUUGCUGAGCGGUACUGUUCUUCCGUGGAAUCCCUUGGCGCCUCCCUUGCAAGACGCGCAGCAUCACCGCGUACGCGAGUUUGAAUUUUGGUAUCAACUUGCCGAGUUUCUCCGGUCGGGCGUGCCUGGAGCAGACGAGCUAAAGGAGGCAGACCGGAGGACAGAGUCUUUGCAGAAAAUGCGCAAUCACCUCGACGGGCGCGAGAACCGAGACGUGCUGUACUCCACCGCCGUCUUGCGAGAGCAUGGUCUCAAGUAUCCUGCCAAUGCAGACAGCUCCCACCUAACCGCCUACCAUGCUGCGGAAGACAAUCCGAGAGACAAAGUCGUGGUCGCUGCACGGUUCAUUACGGGGCAUACACAGAUCAAUGGCGGGACGACUAAUGUCGCGCGCCGAUUGUGUGACAUUGCGCAGAGGCUGCAUAUCAAUACCAAGGCCAAUGUGCCGCAAGCUGCGCAGUAA